CUGCCCCAUCCCGCACGCCUCUUGCUCCGCCCUACAAAGGCUGUUCACUGGGUCACUGCAAUGUCGUACCGAUCUCGCCUGUCUACGUACGUUAAUCGGUCUACUCGGGUACUCCUUGAGGAGGCUUCCAAAAUCGUUCAUAUGAAGGGUGCCGAUCCUCCUGACCGUAAACCAAUUACUCUCUUUACUAUGAACUCUUUGGAAGACCUAUCGCAAUAUGCAACUGGCUGCGAUGCAGACGUUGGUGGCACUUCUACCGCACAUUUGGACCUCGACGAAGAUCCCUCUCGAAAUGGACUCAUCAACAAAAAAGCAACCGCAAGAUUCUGGGGAGACAUGCGGCUUGGUGUGCGCCCGGGGCUAGAGAGCAGAGUCCGUGGAGGUUAUGCAGGCUUCCGCAAUAAGCAUCGGCCAUCACUCUUCGGAGAGAUAACCAACGAUGUCUCCCUUCAUCAAUUCCUUGCCCUGCGCCUUCGUGCUGGAGGUCACCCUCGGACGCGCAACUCCUAUUUUGUCAACGUCCAAACAGAUACCAUACCUUCCGCCGCAGAUAUCUGGCAACACAGGCUGCAUUUCAGCCGCACAGACGGAGGUUGGGAGGAAGUUUUUAUACCAUUUGAUGCCUUCGUGCUCACAAACGCAGGGGAGAUAGCACCCUCUCAACUUGUCAUGAACAGAGGCCGAAUCCGCACUGUAGGGGUCUCGUUACUCGGAGGCAACUCUGGCAUUGAAGGCUCAUACGAACUGGGUAUUGAUGAGAUCUGGGCGGUCAACGAAGAAGAUGUGACUGUGGCACCUAAUGCUGAUUCUAGUAACGGGACACGGUGGGAGCGCGGACCUCUGUGAUGCAGCAGCAUAUACGAAGACGGUGUUGUCUCCUUUCGACAGAGAAUAUGCCCAUCUCGCAGUGGAGAUGGUGUUUGAACUACGAGCCAUCAUGUACUUCGACUGGAAUCGGCAAGCCGACUACAUCCUUUCAUGCUCUCAGCGAUGAAUCUUAUUAGCU